AUGGUACAGCAACUUGGUCCAAAUGCUCUACUUGCAAAAUUUGAUGUGAAAUCGGCUUCCAGGAUGAUGCCGGUACACCCUCAGGACUUUGAGUUGCUAGGCUUGUGCUUUCAAGGUAAAUACUACUUUGAUAAAUGCUUGCCGUUUGGCUGUUCCAUAUCAUGCUCAGUGUUUGAAAAAUUCAGCACCUUUUUGCAAUGGUGUGUCCAGCAAAAGUUGCCUAACGGCCAACUCAUGCAUUACCUUGAUGAUUUUCUCACAGACGGAACUGCAGGAACGAAAGACUGUGGUGACAACCUUGAUACAUGUCUCAGUACUUUCCAGGAGCUGGGCGUACCCGUAGCACAUGCGAUGACAGUAGGUCCUGCUUCCUGCUUAACAUUCCUAGGUCUUGAAAUCGACACAGUCAGGAUGCAGGUUAGAAUACCACAGGAAAAGAUUGUAAAUAUCAACGCAAUCAUACACGAUAUGCUGGCCUCAGGUAAUCACAAAGUGACCCGUAAAGCUUUGCAGUCUCUGGUGGGUAAGCUAAAUUUCAUGUGCCGGGCAAUACCCAUGGGUGGACCAUUUUGCCGCAGACUGAUUGAUGCCUAUACAAAGGUAAGUCAUCAAGCACACGGUGUUCGCAUCACGUGGGGAGUUCGGGAGGACCUAGAGGUUUGGCUCGGGUUCUUGGGGGAAUUUAACGGUGUGUCGGUUUUUCAGAAUCAAAAGUGGGCUGACAAUACAUGUCUGCAGCUGUUUACUGACGCAGCCAGCACUGUGGGGUUCGGCGCAUACUAUAACGGGAACUGGGCAAACGGGCUCUGGCCCCGUGAGUGGGUGGAGGACGGCUCGACUCGUGACAUGACACUGCUGGAGUUGUUUCGGAUUGUGCUGUCAGUUUGUCUGUGGGGGACAGCCUUUGCUAACAGGAAAGUACUUUUCUUUUGUGAUAACCAAGUUGUAGUGUCGAUAAUAAAUAAACAGUCUUCAAAGGCACCCAGAAUCAUGUCACUGAUUAGGCAGCUAGUGCUGCAGGGCCUCAAACACAACAUUUUGUUCAAGGCCAGAUAUAUAACAACACACGACAAUAUUAUCGCAGAUGCACUGUCGAGAUUUCAGUGGGAACGAUUCCGCAAUGCAGCUCCAUCAGCCAACCUGCAUCCCACACCACUUCCAGACAAUCUCUGGCAGGGCUAACAAUCGAGGCAGAGAGGCUCCUUCAGCGAUCAUUGGCGGCAAACACGUGGGCAACUUACCAGGCAGGAACCCAAGCGUUGCAAGCAUUCAGGGCAUCACAAAACCUGGGAGAUGUCUGGCCGGUUCCAAUCACUCAUCUGGUACAUUUCAUUGCUCACCUGUCAGUGUCAGGACAUGCACCGAGUACGGUAAGAACGUAUAUGGCCGGUAUCUCAACGUACCAUAGGCUACACAGCAUGGAAGACCGCACCGGCCACUUUGUUAUUACUAAAAUGAUUACCGGGAUGCAAAAGUGUCAGGGGAGGUACGAUCACAGAAAACCAAUAACAAUAGACCUGCUCAAAGUAAUUGUAAACAACCUGCAAUUUGUCUGCUCUUCUACCUAUGAAGUAAGAUUGUUCCAAGCAGUAUAUUGCUUGGCCUUCUUUGGUUUCUUUCGGGUGAGUGAACUCGUGCAAACCAAACUUUCUCAUCCAGGGUGCGAUUUCUUAGACCUAGAAGUCCAAGACACGACUAAGACAGUAACAGUCGCUCUAAGGCAUUCAAAAACGGACGGGCAGUCACAUGGCAUAGUUGUUUCCAUUUCCGCCAUACCUGGCCUCAAUCUGUGUCCAGUGGCUACAGUUAAAGCAUACCUAACAGUUCGAUCACAGGGUCAGACUCAAGCUUUCGUACACUUUGAUAAAUCUCCCCUGACCAGGUAUCAAUUUCAGGCCGUGCUAAAAAGCGGCAUCUGCACAGCAGCAUACUCUUCGCAUUCCUUCAGGAUUGGCGCAGCAAGGACAGCAGCCGGUAACGGAGUGAGUUCAGAUUUGAUACAGCACUUUGGUAGGUGGGGGUCAGAAUGUUAUAAAAGCUAUAUACGCAUACCUGCAAACAUUUAAAUCGCCAACCAUGCAAGAACAGUUUUCUUCCUAUUGAUUCAUGUUUUCAGUAUGGUUGGUUGGGUCCAGCUUCCUGACCCGGGCGAGAGAGCACCUACAGGACAGUGACUUCGGUAUUCCAGGGGGAUGUCUCUGGUUGGCAAGGGGCGGCAUGAGGUGGAAGGAGCUGACCAAGCUGAUAGAUGCCCAGGUCAAAGCAAUGCAGACACCACCAAAGGCGGUGGUGACUCACCUUGGUUCGAAAGGCGCUGGGAUGGAAAUAGAAAAGUAUUGAAGUGUAUCUCACCUCAAAAUAAGAGACCUCCCUUCAUAAGAGUUCACGCAGAAUGCAUGAGGAUGGGCAGUUGAGAAAGAAAGUCUAAAGAAGUGGACUAAAGGGCCAACCAGAAGACAGAUAGCAUCUGACAGGUGUCAAAGAAAGUCAAGAUGCUAAACAAUAAUGUUGUGGUGAAUAAUAAAGUGGUGAAUAUAUCUAAAAUUAGAUAGUGGAAGUCCAGUUGAAGCUGGAGAAAUCACAGAGGCUGCAAACGGUACCAAAGUUAUCGUUGUUAGUUGUCUGACAUUCAACUGCAGACAUAUGUAUAUAUAUACUCACACGCAAAGUGGUUUUAAGCAAAUAGGUAACAAACACGGAACCAUCAAUUGAUACGAGUUUUAGCAUGAAUAUUUUUGGCUGCAU